GAGGCUGUCAGAUCUUCCAGCACGUGGAGCAGGACUGAAGCCGCAGAUCUUCAGCUUCUCAUUUGAGUCACACCUGGAUGUGCUCUGCGUCUGCAAGCUCAAUUUAAAGCCGAAGUUCAUAAAGAAGUUAAGUCUGAACUGCUUCUCUUACACUUCUAACAAAGACAAAUGAGACGACUGUGACAAUCUGAAUACUUUAACUACAGAGACAGAAUCUCACCCUGACCAGAGAGCUUUAAGAUCGAGCCCUGUUGAUGAGCAGAAUCAUGUCUUCAGGAGAUCUGAUGUUCAGAUGUUUUAUUCUGGCCACCCUGAUGACUGUAAAUAACGCUGGGAUUGUAAAGAAGAUGAUCAGACACAGAAGAGAAGCUCCAAUGAUUCCUGGCACGCACAGCGUAACCCUUACAAACCCGUCCCAGCCUGUGGUGUUUAACCACGUUUAUAACAUUAAAGUCCCGGGUAGCCCUUUGUGCUCAGUGGACCUGGACACGCCGGGUGGUUCGGAUCUUGAACAACGAGACGCUCCGUCCGGUUCAGAGGUGACGGAGCACACGACAGAUGAGCAAAACCAGAUCGUAUUCACUCAUCGCAUCAACAUCCCAAAGCAGGCCUGUGGCUGUAAAGAUGCAGAGCUGGAUCUGAAGGACCUUCUGAAUCGACUGGAGAUGUUGGAGGGUGAAGUGUCGACGCUUAGAGAGCAAUGCAGUGCAGAAACCACCUGCUGCAGCGCACAGGCCACAGGUUCAAUAGGAGUGAAGCCGUACUGCAACGGCCACGGAAACUACAGCACUGAAACCUGUGCAUGCAUCUGUGAGUUGGGUUGGAAAGGUCCAAACUGUACGAUUCCCGACUGUCCCGGAGACUGUAAUGACCAGGGCCAGUGUGUAGACGGAAGGUGCGCGUGUUUCGAUGGCUUUACAGGUGUGGACUGCAGCAUGAAGAUCUGUCCCAUUGACUGCGCUGAGAACGGACGGUGCGUUAAUGGGGUUUGUGUUUGCACCGAGGGUUUCUCAGGUGAAGACUGCUCAGAGUCGGCCUGCCUGAACAACUGUCUGGGCCGCGGUCGCUGUGUGGACGGCGAGUGCCUAUGUGACGAGCCCUGGACCGGCUUCGACUGUACUGAGCUCAUCUGUCCUAAUGACUGUUACGACCGUGGACGUUGCAUCAACGGGACCUGUUACUGUGACACCGGCUUCACCGGAGAGGACUGCGGUGCGGUCACCUGUACCAGCGACUGCUCCGGUCGGGGUUUCUGCAUCGAUGGCCGUUGUGUGUGCGAUGCCGGAUACACGGGCGAUGACUGCUCAGAGUUGACCUGUCCAAACAAUUGCAAUGAAAGAGGACUGUGCGUCAAUGGGAUGUGUAUAUGUGACACGGGUUACCGCGGUGAGGACUGCAGUAAGUUCUCCUGCCCGAACAACUGUAACGGCAGAGGUCGCUGCGUCGAGGGACGCUGCGAAUGCGAAGUUGGUUUUCAGGGUCACGACUGCUCCGAGUUCAGCUGCCCCAAUAACUGCAACAACCGUGGUCGCUGUGUCAACGGUCAGUGCGUGUGUGACGAAGGCUUUGCUGGCGAGGACUGCAGCGCCACGACCUGUCCAUCAAACUGUUACGGUCAGGGUCGGUGCGUGGACGGGAGGUGCGUUUGCUAUCCAGACUUCACUGGAGAAGACUGCAGUGAACAGAGCUGCCCAAGCAACUGCCUGAACCGUGGGCGUUGUGUCGCAGGUCAGUGCGUCUGUGAUGAAGGUUUCACAGGAGAAGACUGCAGUCAGAUGAAAUGUCCGAACGAUUGUCUCGGCCGUGGGGAGUGUGUGGAGGGCCGCUGCGUGUGUCCGGAUGGGUUUGAGGGUCAGGACUGCUCUGUUUCCAUCUGCCCUGGAAACUGCAAUAAUCACGGGCGCUGUGUCCGUGGGAAAUGUGUGUGUGAUGAGGGAUUCACCGGAGAUGCCUGCGGUGAAAGAAGCUGUCCGAAUAACUGCGGUGAUGUCGGUCUGUGUGUGGAUGGUCGCUGUGUCUGUGACGAAGGCUACAUUGGAGAGGAUUGCUCUGAAGUCUCUCCCCCGAAGGAUCUGAGCGUCUCCGAUGUCUCUGCGGAGAAACUGAACCUCACGUGGAAGAAUGAGAUGCUGGUGAUGGAGUAUUUGAUCACUUACAUCCCGACGUCACCGGGUGGCCUGCAGAUGGAUUUCCGUGUGCCCGGAGAUCAAACGUCAGCCACCGUGUCUGAACUGGAACCUGGGAUUGAAUAUCUGAUCAAUGUUUACGCUGUCCUCAACAAUAAGAAGAGCGUUCCAGUCAGCGCCCGGGUGGCAACGCAUCUACCAAAGCCUGAAGGUCUGAUGUUUAAAUCUGUCAGGGAAACAUCAGUGGAAGUUUCAUGGGAUAAGUUGGACUUCCCGUUUGACGGAUGGGAGCUGAUAGUUCGCAACACAAAAGAAGAAAAUGGGAAAGUUGUGAACAGUCUUAACCCUUCAGAGAGCAGUUUUGAGCAAACGGGUCUGGGUCCAGGACAGAAGUAUGAAGUGACGCUGGGCAUCAUAAAGAACAACACACGAGGACCACAGAUCAACGCUACUGUACACACCAGAAUCGAUUCUCCAGGACAGAUUGAGGUUGGAGAUGUAACAGAUAGUUCGGCUGUGAUUUCGUGGUCCAGGCCGAUAGCAGAGGUGGACGGAUUCAGGGUGUCGUACGGGCCGAGCACAGAUCCAUCAGCCCGGCGUGAUGUCGACCUGCCGGCAAUAAACACACAAUACAGCCUAGAAGAUCUGAAACCUGACACGGAGUACAGAGUUUCUCUCGCUUCCACGAGGGCUGAUGAGACCAGUGAACCCAUCUAUGAGGGCUUCACCACAGGCCUGGAUGCUCCUCGUGAUCUUCAGCCUGUAGCUCAGACAGACAGCAGCAUCAUAGUGGAAUGGAAAAAUAGCCGAUCAUCCGUGGAUGGAUACCGGAUUAAAUACGGCCCUAUCUCUGGAGGUGCUCACGGUGAAGAGAUGUUCUCCAGAGGAGCAGGAGACAAAACACGAGCCACAAUCACGGGCCUGAAGCCCGGGAUCGAAUACGGCAUUGGAGUCACAGCUGUAAAGAAUGAAUUAGAAAGUGAACCAGCGACCACAAAUGCACUGACCGAUAUCGACGCUCCACGGGAUCUUGAGGUUCAAAGCUCAACUGAAACCAGUAUGAAUCUGAUCUGGAAGAGACCCAGAGCAAAGAUCUCCGGUUACAGCUUAACGUUUGCAUCUCCUGAUGGCCAUCGUGAACAGAUCGACCUGCCUGCGACCACGACCUCUCACACUCUGAAAAGAUUGACCCCGGGUGUUCAGUAUGCCGUUACCCUCGUGGCAGAACGUGGCAAAAGAAAAAGCUCACCGGUGACUCUGUCUGCAUCUACAGCAUCUUUCACUUUUUAUUUAGCCGAAUCGGCCCCCGAACUCAGUUUUGCCAAAGACUCGGAUGACAAUCUCAUUAGCUUUGUAUUACUCGACACCUCGGAGAGCAACUUCUCGGGCAGCGGUGACCAGGAAGCGAACGACACGCUGACCGUGUCUAACAUCACAUCCGAUGGAUUCGAUCUUACGUGGGAGUCAAAUAAGCUCAUUGGCUUUGAUAGUUACACUGUAGAACUUAAAGAUUUCUCAGGGAAACGGAGCGAGGAGGUUCAUCUCCAGCGGGAGGUGACCGGCACUAAAAUUCGUGGCUUAAGCGCGUCCACGGAGUAUCAAGUAAGACUUUAUGGAAUAUCCAAUAACCAAAGAUCUUCACUACUAGAAGCUGUUGCUGUCACAGCACCAAACUCUACCUCUUAUGAUGCUUUAACCGUCAAAAGUGUCCCAGCAGCACUGGCCACCGAUCAGCCAGCAGUUAUUACCUCCAGUCCUUUCAAAGAAGACUUGAACACCGAAGCCUCAGGUGAUGAACGUGAGGGUCCAAUUCAGGGACUCCCAGGUGACUUAACGGUCACUAAUGUAAGCAGAAAUACUUUGAAGCUGUCUUGGUCGGCUCCUAAAGGAAUGUUUGAUAGCUUCACUAUUGAGCUGAACUCCAGUUCAAAAGAGAUGAAAAGCAAAAUGAUUGAAGUGCUUGGAGAAACCAGGGAGGUUGAUAUAGAUGGCCUAAGCCCUGGCAUGAGAUAUGACAUUACUUUGUAUGGAAUGACGAAGGGCGAGAAAUCUCAACCGAUCAAUGUUCACGUGAAGACAGAGGACAAGACGCCCAGCAUUAGGAGUCUGAGUAUAUCAGAUGUAUCUUGGGAUAGCUUCAAUGUAUCCUGGACCAUUGAUGAAGGCCUUGACUUUCAGAGUUUUGUGAUUGAAGUUGCAAAUUCAGCAGGUGGUCCAGAAAGACAGAACCUGACAGUAUCUGGUGAUGCUCUUAGUUUGUGGAUGUCUGGGCUCAGCCCCAACACAUCCUAUACCAUAGCAUUAUAUGGAGUGCACCAGGGCUCUGUUCUGGGCCCGGUCUACAUGGAAGAGACCACAGAUGUUUCUCCAGCCGCUGGCCGUCUGUUUGUGUCUAAUGUUACGUCCGAGAGUUUCAUCAUAUCAUGGAAUGACACUAGAGGAGAUAUUGAGAGGUUUAUAUUGGAGAUUAUAGACUCCAGCUGGCUCAGGGAGCCAGUGGAAUAUAAUAUAUCACACAAUACACAGUGGUAUGAAAUCACUGAUCUCAGACCAGCCACUGAUUAUAUAGUCUACCUGACUGGAGUAUUGAAGGGACGGAGGACAGACUCCAUCAGUACUGUCGCCUCCACAGCGGCCGAGCCAGAUUUGUUUGGGCUCGUUGUUUCAAACGUUACGUCAGACGCUGUGUCUCUCUCCUGGCGGACGAGAGAGAAGGCGUUUGAUCAUUUUAUAGUCGAGGUGAGAGAGUCUGCUUUGCCCACGCAGGCGAUAGGGCGAAUCGUACCGGCGGGCGAGCGCUCGGCGGUUCUUACAGGCCUGAAAGGAGACACGCAGUACCAAAUUAAACUCUAUGCCACCUCAGGCGGCUCCAACACCGCUGCCAUCACAUCUUUAGUAACCACAGAACCUAAGCCUAAAUUGGGCCCUAUAGUGGUGUCCGAAACUCACCCGAGUAGCUUCACGUUGUCCUGGAGCGUCACAGCCGGUCACUUUGAUGGCUUUGUUGUUCGUAUCACUGACCGUGAGCAAAUUUAUGACGUUAAAGAGCUCAGACUGUCUGGAACUGAGAGAAACAUAACCGUCUCUGGUCUUACGGACUCGACGCUCUUUGACGUAGUAUUUUACGGUCUGUUUGGUGGUCGCCAAACUCCAUCAGUUUCCUUCAAUACCAGUACAGCAUCAUUGCCUAAAGUGGAGAACCUGACAGUUUCGGACAUCACCCCGUACGGUUUUCGAGUGUCCUGGGUAGCGCGGUCCACCGAGGGCUUCCGUCAUUUCCAGGUAAAAGUGUCCGACUCCGGCCAUCUGCUGGAGCCACAAGAAUACAUAGUGCCGGGAAACCAGAGCUUUCUGGAUAUUUUGGGCCUGAUUACUGGCAUUGGCUAUGAGAUCAGUGUGACCGGGGUGUCAGGGAUUGGGUUACAGUCUCGUCCAAUCACAACAGUGGCUGUUACAGAAGCCGAACCAGAGAUUGAGCACCUUUUCGUGUCAGAUGUUACCCCCGAGAGUUUUCGACUGGCUUGGACCGCAGAAGACGACCUCUUUGAUCGAUUUGUGCUCAAAGUUAGAGAUUCGAGAAAGCUCUCUCACCCACGAGAGUUCACAGUACCUGGUGAUGAAAGAACCAGAGUUUUAACACAGCUCAUGGGGGGAACUGAGUAUGAAAUUGAGCUUUAUGGUGUCUCCAUGGAACAUCGCUCCCAACCCAUUACUGCCGUUGCAAGAACAGGACUUGGAGCUCUGCGAGACCUUCGUUUUACUGAUGUGAAGGAAUCAUCAGCUGUUGUUCACUGGACUGAACCUCGUGCCCAACCUGAUUCCUAUCGAAUCACUUACAUGCCAAUUCAAGGAGGCACUCCAAUGAUUCAGACAGUAGAUGGGACGCAGUCUCGGGUUCAGUUGAUAAAUCUGAGUCCUGGAGAGACGUAUCAGGUGUCAGUUAUCGCGGUCAAAGGUUUAGAGGAAAGUGAACCUGUUACAGACUCUUUUACAACAGCUCUUGAUACACCGCGCAGUCUCACUGCUGUCAAUGUUACUGACACAACAGCGCUGUUACUGUGGCAACCUGCAGUCGCGACUGUGGAUGGAUACGUCAUCACAUACAGCGCAGACGAAGUGUCAGCGAUAUCACAGCAGGUCUCUGGAAACACAGCAGAGCUUCAGUUGAGUUCUCUCGCUCCUGCGACUCCAUACACAGUCACUGUUCAUGCCAUUAUAAAUCAACUGAAGAGUCCACCGGCAACCACAGAGUUCACAACAGAUGUGGAUGCUCCUCGUGAUCUGGUGGCAAGUAACAUUCAGACCGAUAGUGCUGUACUAAGCUGGAAACCACCGCGGGCAUCCGUCACCGGUUAUAUACUGACCUCUCAGUCAUCUGAUGGAGAGAUCAGGGAAGCGAGACUGGAUCCGUCGGCCACAUCACACCGUCUGUCUGAUCUCAGAGCUUCAACCGAACACACGGUCAAACUUCAGGCCUUUACUGAUGACCAGCGGAGCAAACAAAUCUCCACCGUCUUUACGACCGUUGGAACGCUUUACAAGAACCCUACGGACUGCUCACAGACUCUUCUGAACGGAGAUACGUCAUCUGGUCCAUACACCGUUUAUAUAACCGGAGAUGAGAAACAACCGGUCCGAACCUACUGUGACAUGAAGACUGAUGAAGGAGGCUGGAUGGUGUUUCUAAGGCGUCAAAACGGCAAGACCGACUUCUACAGAAACUGGAGAAACUACUCGGCUGGAUUCGGUGAUAUAAACGAUGAGUUCUGGUUAGGGCUUUCAAACCUUCAUAAAAUCACAUCGAACGGUCAGUAUGAGCUCCGUGUGGACCUGAGGGAUGGACAGGAGACGGUGUUCGCUCACUAUGACAGAUUCUAUGUUGGAGAACCUCGAAGCCGCUACAAGGUUCAGAUUGGUGCAUACAGUGGUACCGCAGGUGACUCUUUGAGCUAUCAUAACAACAGACCUUUCUCCACCUACGACAAUGACAAUGACAUCGCUGUGACCAACUGUGCACUGUCUUACAAAGGAGCGUUCUGGUACAAAAACUGCCAUCGUGUCAAUCUGAUGGGAAGAUAUGGAGACGACAGUCACAGCAGAGGCAUCAAUUGGUUCCACUGGAAAGGUCACGAACAUUCGAUUCCCUUCGCUGAGAUGAAGAUCCGUCCAGUUAAUUUCAGAAACUUGGAAGGCAGACGGAAAAGAUCAUAGACUUUAUUUCUCCUCUUUCCCUAAAAACUCAAAAGCACACACAGUCUUUCAACAUAAACUCCAGAGAAAAUCAUCUUCCAUUUGAUAGGUUGAUAAAUAAAUGCACAAUAAAAGGUGCAAAUAAUGACAUACACAUUGUCAUGAUUACUGUGAUGAACGUCGUGUUUAAAAUUGUGUAUUUUUCCCAUUAAUCCAAAGGAAUCUAUGAAAUUCAAGCGCUCACAUUCCCCUCAUAAAUAUUAAAGAACAGUGAUGUCAUUUCCUCUUAGCCGGCAGCUCAAGUUUUUAUACACAUUAUUGUUUUCAUGGUUCAAAGUGAAGACAGUUGAGGAAAUUUCAAUAUGAUUGUUUUAUAAAAGUGUUGGCUAAGCAAUACUGAGACAAGCUGUAUAAGGUUGAUUAUUUCUUUAAAUGUAUUUUUAUAUUUCCCCAUAUGUGAUGUCUUUAAUCUCUUAAAGGAGAAGUGUUGCUUGAACGUUAUCUUUACUACUAGACUUUGCACCAAAAUGUUAAAUAUUAUUGAGAUUGUUUACAUUUUUAUGUUGUCCAUCUCCGAAAGCCAACACCAAAAAAUUCAUUCUUGAGAAAUAAAACAUCAAUAUUCCUUGCCAAAAUACAAUACUUUUGUUAAUAA